GGAACUCCUUUGUCAUACCUUAUGUGACAUUUUAGAAAGUGCUUGUUGUGACAACUCUGGAUCAUACUGCUUGGUUUCAUGGUUAAGAGGAAAGACAACCGAAGAAACUGCUGGUAUUUCUGGGAGUCUUGCAGAGUCUAGUUGCCAAGUGGAACAUUCUUCUGUGUUCUAUUUCUUGUGUUUUAUUUUCCACCAUUCCUGCCUGCUAAGCUUUUUAUUUUGCUUGCCUCUCUUCUCUAAAUUAGUACCUUUAUGUCUACUUUUGUAGUAUACUUAGUGUAAAAUUAUUGGAAUAAUCAAGCACUGCAGAACAGUUAGCACAGUUGGUUUUUAUUUUAUCCUGAAAUUUAUGUGUGAAGUGUUUUCCCCUCUCAUUACAUUAUGUUCUGUUAAAACAUUAAUUUCAUUGGCUUGUGUGGUGUGUAUAGUUUUGGCUUGUUGGUAAUGCACAGUUGUUCGCAGUAGUGAGUACUCAGGUUCAAUUUCAGUUUGUUUCCCACAUAAACCAAAAAAUUUUUGAAAGAUUUUUAGAAGUGGUUUGAAAAUUAAAACUAGGCUUUGAAAACCUAAUAUUAUGUAACAUUUUUAAUUGUAAAUACAACUUUGAAACUUUGAAUUCAUAAUCAGCUUUCUUAACUCACUGGUGAGAAUUUAUAUUUGGAAGUACUAAGUAUAAAAUAUAUGUGAAAUUGUUCAUGGUGUUAAGUUAAAGUAUUUUGAGGUUAUCUUUAAGACUUUAUCUUCCUGGAGCCAAGAAUACCUGGGUUCAAAUCUCAGGUCUUUGUUUCUUGCUGUGUGCCCUUGAGAGGAUUCUUCUCUGUGCCUCAAGUUCUUCUGUAAAAUGGAGAUAAAAAGGUUUAAUGAGGAUUAAAAGGAGUCAGACCUGUAAAACAGAAAAAAGGCCUGGCCCAAUAAAGCUGCCUUGGCUGUCGAAGAGCUUGGCUUUGAGCGAUUUCAUGCAUUAAUUCAAAAAAGAUCAUUCAGGAGUUUAUCAGAAUUAAAAGAUGCUGUCUUGGACCAAUAUUCAAUGUGGGGAAACAAAUUUGGAGUAUUGCUUUUUCUGUAUUCUGUGUUACUGACAAAGGGUAUUGAAAACAUAAAAAAUGAAAUUGAAGAUGCAAGUGAACCUUUAAUAGAUCCUGUAUAUGGACAUGGCAGUCAAAGUUUGAUUAACCUCCUACUGACGGGACAUGCUGUUUCUAAUGUAUGGGAUGGUGAUAGAGAAUGCUCAGGAAUGAAACUUCUUGGUAUACAUGAACAAGCAGCUGUGGGAUUCUUAACAUUAAUGGAAGCUUUAAGAUACUGUAAGGUUGGUUCUUACUUGAAAUCGCCAAAAUUCCCUAUUUGGAUUGUUGGCAGUGAAACUCACCUCACCGUAUUUUUUGCCAAGGAUAUGGCUUUAGUUGCCCCUGAGGCUCCUUCAGAACAAGCUAGGAGAGUAUUUCAAACCUAUGAUCCAGAAGAUAAUGGAUUCAUACCUGAUUCACUUCUAGAAGACGUUAUGAAAGCAUUGGAUCUUGUUUCAGAUCCUGAAUACAUAAAUCUCAUGAAGAAUAAAUUAGAUCCAGAAGGAUUAGGAAUCAUAUUGUUGGGUCCAUUUCUUCAAGAAUUUUUUCCUGAUCAGGGCUCAAGUGGUCCAGAAUCUUUCACUGUCUACCACUACAAUGGAUUGAAGCAAUCAAAUUAUAAUGAAAAGGUAAUGUACGUAGAAGGAACUGCAGUCGUUAUGGGUUUUGAAGAUCCCAUGCUACAGACGGAUGACACUCCUAUUAAACGCUGUCUCCAGACCAAAUGGCCAUACAUCGAACUGCUCUGGACCACAGAUCGCUCUCCUUCACUAAACUGAUUUGUCUAAGUAUUUAUAAGGAAAAUCUUAGUAACAGAUGUGGAAAGAUUCAAGACUGGCAAUUGGCUAAAUUAAGCUAAACACUGGUAUCAUUGAUUAACUGUAAAUAACAAAAACACAUAUUCAGUGUUUAAGAUAUGUUUAAAUUAUUUGUUUUAAAGCUUUAUUUUAAAGAUUAUCCUAUUUUAGCCCUUUGUGUGAAAUUUACUAACAAAAUUAAGCAUUAAUCAAAGUAUCACUUUUGCAGUCAGAUAAUUGGUCAUUUACUUAUAAAUUAUAUAAUUCUAUGGAAUUUGUAUAUUACAAACAAUAGUUGCUAUUUAUAAACUUUGGGUUUAAUUCAUUCAGGCAUAUUUUAUUGUUUGAAUGAUCUGGCUUGUAAUAUAUCAGUCUUCACAUUGAAAUGCAGAAGAGUUAAUUCUUUUCUAAACUGUUUUCAUUAGAAAUAUUGAUAAAUUAUUAGCCCAGAUCCUUUGACAAUUGGGAUAAGUAUGGCAUGUUUACAAAGCAUAAGAACUAUAAAGAACCAUUACUAUUUACUCACAAAUGUAUACAGGAUGUAUUUUUAAGAAUGAUAGACAAGAGAAUCUGUUUAAUAGUCUUAACACUGUUAAUUUUCACUGUAGUGCCCAGUAUACUUUUCCAAAUUUGUCCAAACAGCCCUGUAAGCCAGCUUUCUUGUAUAUUUAUAAAUGUGAUAAAUGCAUGAGAACAUCUGUUAUUACAUUAGUAUAUUGCAUUAUUUAUUAUGAUCCUAGUUGAUGGCCUAAAUAAACACUUUUUUCUUUAACUUUA